AUGGGUUGCGGCUCUUCCAGUUCAACAGCUGUCGUCAAUCUCGAUCGGCCAAAUCCGUUCUUUUAUAGUGGUGAAACUAUUACUGGAAAUGUUGUUUUCGAUGUUCAUGAAGAGACCGUCAACGUCGAUGAACUUGUUUUGAAGUUUUUCGGUCAAGUUGCUUACACAACACAACAAACUGUUGUGAUGAACGGGCAGCCAACGACACAAACGAUACCACAUGAAAUUCCGAUCGUUUCGUCGAAUAUUGUUCUUGCUCGUCCAGAAAAUGGACAAGAGGAGUUAACGUUCGGGAAAGGUCAACAUACGUUUCCAUUUCAGAUUCAAUUGCCUGUCAAUAUUCCACCAUCGUUGAAUUCGCCUGGAAGUCAGCCACAUGUUUGUUAUUUUGUACAAAUGUACGUCGAUCGAGCGUGGUACAAAGCAAACACACGAGAAAAUAAGUAUGUUACUGUGUUUCCACGUGUUAAUCUCUCACAAAUUUCAAAUACAUCCAAUCCUGUUCCAUUCGGUACGCAAAAUCAAGCAAAUUUGAACUUGAAUGGAAGUAUAAACAAACUCGGAUACAUCGCAGGAGAAACCAUUCAAGGUAUAUUGAAUAUCGAAAAUCCCAGACAAAUAAUGAUUAAACAAAUCAUGGUGUCAUUAAUCAGGAGUUUCGUUAUGGGAAGUGCUUCUGGCGAACAUGUCAUCACGAGUAAACCAAUACCAGAACUGAUGCGUCGACAAGAUGCUCGACUUAGUCAGGCAUUUACAAUUACGAUUCCUGCCGCACCGUUCCCACCAUCGUAUCAGUUUGAUGGCGGUGUUAGCCAGAAAACAUCGACACGGACGAAUUAUUUGCUGAAAUUUCAAAUUCAAUUCGAAGGUGUUUCUGGAAAUGAUUUUGAAAUCUUAGUUCCAAUUAUUAUCGGUACUGACCCGAAACCUUCCUGA